AUGGUUGUUAUUUGAAGCCAGAUCAACGAUUUAAAGCUGACUGCCAGCCAGCAUGGGUAGGCGCUCGUCUGACAGUGACGAUGACAGUCGGAGCAGGAGGAAGAAAAAACAGCGUCGCCGUUCAUCCUCCUCUUCCUCGUCUUCGUCCUCAUCCUCCGCCAGCAGGGUGACCAGCACCCGGAGCCGCAGGUCCAGUCGCCGGAGCCGUUCACGAUCCAGAGACAGAGACAGAGAGAGAGACAGGAGGCGAAGGAGACGUUCCAGCAGCAGUUCGUCCUGCAGUUCAUCUCGCAAGAGGAGGAGUCGCAGUGCAGAGAAAGACAAAGGGAGGAGCCACCGUUCAUACAAGUCACACAGCCGAGACAAGAGGUCUCAUUCUCGCCACAGACGCUCUCGGAGUAAGAGUAACAGUCGCAACCGGAGAGUGAGCCGUAGUCACAAAAAGAGUCGCAGCCACAGUCGCAGAAGGAGCGGCAGCAGAGACCGGGACAGGAGUCGACGCAAAGGCCGCGAUCGGGACAGGGAGAAAGAGAGGGAGAGGGACAGAGGGAAAGACCGAGACAGAGACAAGGACAAGAGUAAGGACAAGAUGGAGAAAAAGGGGGACGCUGGGAACAUCAAAGGAAGAUUAGAACAUCUGACUCCAUCAGAACAGGCUAAAGUUCGAAUGCAUAUGGUUCUUCAGGCUGCAGCGAAGACGGAUGAGGUGCUGAAGGCCAAAGUUGCCAAGAGAGAGGAGGAGGCCCGAAAGAAGCUGGAAGAAGAGGGAACUUCUCUGGAGGAGCAAGUGCGAAGGAUAAAGGACAUCGAGGCCAUCGAGAGUGAUUCCUUUGUUCCUCAGGCUUUCAAAUCAUCCAGGGAUGAUAUAAAGACUGAGCCAGUUGAGGUUAAGCAGGAGUCAGAGAGGGAAGAUUCUCAGGACGUUGCUCUUCCCAUUUCCAUCGUCUACAAUGACAAUGACACUCUCGCCCAUCCUACUAUGUUCAUGGACAAGGAAAAGGCUGAGGACCUGUGGCUCAACAGACUGGUGUCCCUGCGACAGGAGAGGCUCAUGGGAAGUCCUGUGACCUAAAAAAACACCCAACAAACAGAAGUUUCUACCCUUCGUUCACUCAGUCAAGUUUUCCUCCUUGUCAGAUUCAGUCAUCACAGCAUUUCUGAAUUCACUCGUCUGCUAAUUUCUAAUACCUGUUGUAAAAACUUGUAAGAACUGGAGCAAAUGAACAGCUUUUGGUCCUGAUGUGCUUAUUAUUUUAUAAUUGUACAUUUUAUUAAAUUGUUGUUUGGCUCUGUUAUUUUUGAAUUACGAUGAGGUGGUUUGUUUUACCAUGUAGAUGUAGCAUUUGAUACACUUUGGCCUUUUUUUAAUCAACUCAGUAAAUAAAGAUAUGUAGGUUUUUUUGAGUGAAAACUGUUUUGUGCUUCUC